AUGUAUGAACGAUUAUUGCAUUGUAUCGGAUAUCAAGUUGGUCUAAGAUUUGGAUUCUUUGGUGGAGAUGUAAAUCGGUUAAUUGAUGACAUCAAAGAACUUCAUCCCACAGUUAUUCCACUGGUGCCUCGAGUUUUGAAUCGAUUUCACGACACAGUGAUGGCGAAAGUUAAUAAAUCGUUCCUGAAAAGAAUAAUAUUCAAUUUGGCGUUAGCUUUCAAAUACAGGGAAUUGAGCAGGAGCAUAAUUCGCAAUGAUUCGCUUGUCGAUCGAUACGUCUUCAAACGAGUUCGUGAAGAAUUGGGCGGACGAGCGCGUUUCUCGAUGAUCGGUUCAGCGCCUGUUCACGGUGAUAUACUGCGGUUCUCCAGAGCCGUUCUUGGCUAUGUUAUAGUCGAAGGAUAUGGUGCAACAGAAUGUGCUGCAGGAACAAGCGCAGUCAUCGAAGCAGACCCGAUCACAGAGCAUAUUGGUAUUCCGUUGGCUUGUGCGGCCAUUAAACUGGUUGAUGUUCCUGAACUGGGCUAUUAUGCAAAAGAUCAGGCUGGUGAAAUAUGCUAUCGUGGUGCACACGUGUUUAAAGGUUACUUCAAAAACGAUGAAGGCACGAAAGAAGUGUUGGAUGCAGAUGGUUGGCUGCAUUCGGGUGAUAUUGGUCGAUGGACCGAAAGGGGAACACUCAAAAUUGUCGAUCGAAAGAAGCAUAUUUUCAAACUGCAGCAGGGUGAAUAUAUUGCACCCGAGAAGAUAGAAGCGGUCUACGACAGAUCAGAGUACGUGGUGCAGUCGUUUGUGUAUGGUGAAAGUCUAAAAACGUGUCUGGUUGCGAUUAUCGUGCCGGAUCAAGAGAUUGUUCUAAGAGAUGCCAAGCAAAAGCUUGACCUAGCUGAAACAGAUUUCGCGAAAUUAUGUCGUAACGAUGCCGUGAAAAAGAUGAUUUUGAACGAUUUGACCAUUGUUGGACGUAAAGCUGGUCUCAAUUCCUUUGAACAGGUAAAAGAUAUUUAUUUAUCAGUAGAACGAUUCACCAUUGCUAACGAUUUAUUGACGCCAACAAUGAAGAAUAAACGACCACAAAUAAAGUCGCAUUUUAUGAAAGAGCUCAACGAAAUGUACUCCAAACUCAAAUGA